GAGGGGGUGAGUCAGAAGAAUUGUCUUUUUUUUUUUUCGUGAUUUGCCCCAAGGGGUUUCAUAGCGGGGAAUCCCUGUCUGUGUUUGAAAGUGUGCAACAGUUUGCUUCUUAGUUCACUUUCAUGUGAAAGUCUACUAUUUUACCAAGAAGGCUGUGAAAAAAAGAAUGUAUGAUUUUUUUUUAUACUAAAGAGAUGUUAUCUAAAAUUCAAAAGCACAGAUUUGAUACGAAAAUGACCAAAACAAUGUCAUAUUAUGAGCUUGUUGUCUACCAAAAAAUGAAUCUGGCUGAUAGGAGAUCAGUUGAAUCAGACCCUAAAAGCAGUAUAGGUUUAGGUAACUAACAAAAAAAGGCAAAAAUGUGACAAAUUGAUGGCAUAUUUAUUAAUUUCAAAAGUAUUCCCAUUGUCAACAGCGGCCCAAUUGCUAUUCAUUCUCAUUGUCAGAGUUUGAAGAUGACCUUUUUCUCUCUUCGCCCCUUUCUCUGUCAUUCUCCUCUCUUUCUUUUCUCUUUCACUGUCGGAGACAAGCUGUUCCCCCGUCCCUGCGGGCUACUCCCUCUCUUGUCUGUGCCCCUCUCUCUCCUCCCCUCCUUCACUCUCUGCCUCUCUCUCUCGGCUCUCUCCACCUGUUGAGCCCAUUGUCUAGCAGGCAGCAUUGUUGAGCUUUUAUUAUUUUACUCCACUCACUUUACACACCCCUCUCCAUCAUCUAUCCAUCCCUCUCUCUCUCCCUCCCUCGCCCUCUCUCUCUUUCGUCACUUCUCCACUUUUGUCCCUCUUGUGGGCGCUAGUAUAAAUAGUUGGAGAGUAGAGAGAGAGUGCAGGAUUCACAAGAGAAGAGGAGACAGUGUCCUGUCAGGCAUUUUUCCCCUGACCAACACCAGAAAGGGCCUUACAAACAUUCAUCUUCAUUUUUCGAACUUGGACCUAAUUUUUUUCUUAUACAAACACACACAGCAGCAUGUCAGUCUCACUGUGGUGCAUGGAGGAGGAGCAGGAGGAAGGCCAGGAUCAAGGCUUCCUGAGGGCCCAGUGGGACCCUCACGCAUCAGGCCAGAGGGUGAUCCAGCGGCUGCUGCAGGCAGAGACCAGGUACCUGCCCUCGCCCCUCUACACCGCACUCAUCCAGAGAGAUCCCCAGCGCAGAGAGGAGCUCACCAAAUGGGCCCUGGAGGUUUGCUGUGAGUGUGGCUGUGACGAGGCAGUGUUCCCCCUCACUGUCUCUCUGCUGGAUCGCUUCCUGUCAGCCUCUCUGACCCUGUCUGUCUCGCCCUUCUGCCUGACAGCCGCCUGCGUGCUGCUGGCCUCCAAACUGACCGAAAGCGACACAGUCACGGCCGACGCGCUCUGUGCUUCUGUGGAAUAUGACUUCAUGCCCUACCACUUGCGGGAGAUGGAACGGAUUGUCCUGUCAACACUUCGGUGGGACGUUGCUGCGGUAACCCCUCAGGACUUCAUGCCACACUUCCUCUCCUCACUCGGUGAGCAGCGGGAUGGAGCGCCAGACUCAGGGGAUUUUCUGUCCACACUGCGGCGCCAUAGCGACACUCUGGCUGCCAUGUGUGUGUGUGAUUCACGUUUCCUGGGAAGCCCGCCCUCGCUGGUGGCUGCGGCUGCAGUGAACUCUGCCCUCAGAGGUCUGACCACGGAGGGUCCGGAUCAAUUGGCUUACAUGGCCACAACACUAGCUGCACUUUGUCAGACUGACUUGGCUGUGUUGCAAUAUUACAGUGAUGUUAUAGAAGGUGCUCUCCAAGAGCGCCUGCAAAAUAGAGGUCGCCGGGGAGAGGCAGUGGGAAAAGAUGAGGAGGUCGAGGACGAAAGAGCGGGCACCCCGACAGACCUGCGGGAGAUCGAUUUUUAAUCCGGGAGAACUCAAGAAGCAGAACAAUAUGCGAAUCAAUCUCCAUGUCCACACCCCUGUUGAUCAGUGAAACUGAUGUAAAAUGUAAAGAACGUUACAUUUGGACUGCUUACCUGAAUGUUGACCUGUCCUGAUAUGACUUUGUUAUUUAUGUGCUUAUAAUUUAUUACAUUUAGUUUUAUUCGAGUGUUUUUCGGGUGCCAUAUUUAUUGUUUCUGUUGCACUGCCUACCCAUAAUGUUGAUUUACUUGUGUUUACGUUGUGAUAUUUAAUUGUUUAUCAUUCUUAAUUUAUUAUUUAAACAUUUAUUUAUUCGUUGUCGUCUUUAUAUGAGCAAAUAUAUUUAUUUUAUUCUUCCAGGAUAACAAAACGGUAUUUGAUGUUAAAGUAUCUAUUUUUCAGAAUAAAAUGUUUUAUAAGAAAAGUAUUCAUUCUUUCUCUACGUGACGAAGAAGACGUGGAGGAGCUAUACCGACCAGAUCACAGGCUACAGCCCAAAUAUCAUCAGAAACACCUGUAAAAGAUUUUGAUACCAUCCAGCUGUUAGCUACCACACAAAUCUGGGGUCAAGGAAGGAAGUAGGCUAGUUGGCUAGCAUAGGCAAGCAUACGGGUGUGCAUUUAGUCCUGGAUAUUGAUGCAAUAUACGUAAUAUAGUUAAUCUGUCACCGUGAAGCAAGGAUAAACUUCCUAAAUGUCUCAUCAC